AUGAUAUAUAGAGAAUAUCACCAGAGGUACAUGCACGUGGGACCACAAGGACUAUUGGCAGCAGUAAGAGAAGAAUUUUGUUUACUUCGAGGACGCGAUGUGGCGAGAGCAACAGUUCACAAUUGCCUUAAAUGUGUUAGAGUCAGGCCCAGUUCGUUGCAGCCAGCCAUGGGACAACUACCUUCAGCUCUAGUUACUCUCAGUAAAGCAUUCGCGCAAGCAGGGGUAGACUUUGCUGGAGCUCUAAUGAUAAAGAUUGGAUUACGAAAGUCUUCCACAACCAAAGCAUAUGUAGCAGUGUUCGUAUGCCUCUCAAUGAAAGCUAUACACUUGGAAGCAGUCAGUGCUCUGAGUACCGCAGCAUUUAUGGCGGCGUUGAAAAGAUUUUUUUUGGGGCGAGGAAAGCCAUCACACAUCUGGUCAGAUAACGGAAAAUAUUUUGUUCGGGCUCGAAAGGGAAUAGAGUGUUGUUUCAAAAAGCAGCUUACCGGUUGUACUAUACCAGAAGAACUAGUAGAAGAAGGGGUUCAAUUGGUAUUCACACCUCCCUCCACACCACAUUUCGGUGGUAUCUGGGAAGCAGCAGUGAAGUCGUUUAAACAUCAUUUUGUGAGCGUAGCAGGCGUCGCUAUUCUAAAUUUUGAAGAGUUGGCUACGUUACUUGCCCAAAUCAAAGCAUGUCUCAAUUCUCGCCUACUGACUGCAUUUUCGUUAGAUCCUGCAGAUCUGCGAGCUCUCACGCCAGGGUAA